CCACCCGAUCUCCAUAUCCGCUGCACCACGUCGCGUCCCAAACCGUAUGGCGCUUACCACCCACAUCGCCCCAUGCAUCCCCUCGCCCCUCCACUGAUCGCACCCCGCGCCCGAGCACUCUGCCCUUGCACAACCCACGGCGCCUGCAACGUUCUUUGGAGUUUCUGGAUUCACAAUCAUGACCAAGGGGAAAGAGAUGAGACCUGUGACAACACACAAAUUGCUAUCAUUCUCCCUCUAUUUAGCAACAUGUCAAUGACGAAAUUUUAGAUGUGGAGAUAUUCACGACCUGUUUUGGGAGGAUCACCCUGAGUGAGACGACAAGCUCACAAAUAUUUUCGAACUCGUUGGCGUCUGCAAUUUACUAUUUCACAGAAAAGACGUUUAUUUCGAUCUAGCAUCUGUGAGUCGAAGGGUCAGAAUUUCACAAGCAUGGAACUUGCAGAGAUAUUGCAUCCAGGGCUAGGCGCCAUCAUGGACCCGAUUUUAAACCUCGACAAGCCAGAGCAGCCGGGUCCAUCGACACAUGCGACUGAUCGAUACCCAACCGAUCGCACAAACAUACCGAUCAUGAUCGGAGAGAUCCCACCAGUACCGACACCGCUAAUGGGCGCGAUCAGGAUUCGGACCCCUGGAGGUCCGGAGGUGAUCGAAUACCGACUGGUGGCCGCGCCGAAGCCUGGACCUCAUGAGGUGCUGAUCCGCGUGGUAGCGGCGUCGAUGAAUGAGUUUGAUAGCUUGAUGCGCAAGGGCGUGAUGAGCAUUCCUCCGGGCGAGAUCGUGUAUCCUGGCGUCGAUUGCUCUGGUGUGGUGGCCGCUGUCGGUCCCGGCGCCACCAGGUGGCAACUCGGCGAUGAAGUUUGUGCUUGGUGUAGUGGUGGGGCCCAUGCAAUGCAUGUUGUAACACAUGAAGAUUUGUGUUUGCCAAUACCCAAAGGUCUCACAUGCUUGGAGGCUGCAGCUCUUCCUGAGGUUUCAAGCACCAUCAUCCUAAGCAUCUUUACAUUUCUAAGCAUUGCCAACAAUGCUCCUCCUUCAGUAGAACCUCUUCAUGUGUUGAUAACAGGUGGUGGAAGUGGUGGUGGAACCUUGGCCAUUCAAUAUUGCAAAGCUCAAGGAUGUAAAGUAUAUUGUACCACAUCCACAUUGGAGAAAACCGUGAAAUGUGAGCAACUUGGUGCGCACCUCGCAAUCAACUGCAACGAGGAAGACUUUGUGGAGAGGAUCUGGAAGGACACCCAACACAUGAAAGAACCAGGAGUAGAUAUGGUCCUCGACGUUGUGGGAGCGUCGUGGACGAGCGAGAAUCUGAGAAUACUGAAGAGAGAGGGUCGGAUAUUCAUGAUCGGUAUGAGAAAAGGGAAAUACUCCGACAUUGUCCUCGGUCCUGUGUGCACAAAACAAUGCUCCAUUCAACCUGCCUCAUUGUGGCGCCAAAGCACCGAAGAGAGAGCUGAAGUCAUGAGACUCGUUCAGGAGAAUAUUUGGCCUUUGGUAGAGGAGAAGAGGAUGAUGCCCAUUAUCGAGCCACAGAAUGUGUUCAUUAUGGAAAAGGCAGUGUGGGCGCACCGCCUCGUGGAUUCCCAGGCCUACUUUGGCAAAAUCAUGCUAGUCGCUGACCCGGAGAAAGUUGCAGCCGACAAUAUAGCAAUGCCAGUGGAAAAUCGGAGUCCAUGUGACUGACUCCGUCCACCAGAUUCAAAACGCACGUUGUUCAGUGGAUAACAAGCAUGAACUGGGGGUAAUUCUUUGUUGCAUGGAUUCAUAAAAGCCACACAAGGUUACCAAAGCUCUCUCGGACCUGUUGUCGGUGUUGUUUGAUUUCCUAAGACGAGUAUACGGUAGUGGUGUGGUCUUCAUCUUCGAAGCUCAGACACGCAUUGUUCUAUGGAAUGAUGACUACGCCUCCGCGUUGCCAAAGCUACACGUCCAGUGGAGGAACUGAAGGUGGUGAGAAGAGUAGACGCUUCUCACAGCGGAAAAAGAUUCAUUGAAGUAGACAUAUGGAAUGUGAAGGAGGCCCAUACGAGCUGUGACAAGCCGUAGAAAUCACAAAGAGAGCUCACAUUAUUGACGAACCGAUGCAGCAAGAAUGCAGAUCCAUAGCUACCUAACUGUGCCAUUCCCACAAACCAUGAUUUUAGUUGACAAAUGAUGUAUACACGAUUAUACUUAACGCUGAAAGUGGCCAUCCUAACAAUUAAAAUUCAAGAUACAGUGGUGUCAAUGCUACUUUAUUUUUUGAAACAGAUACUUAGAUCAACUAGAAGAAUUAGAAGAUUUUCAUAUAACCACAAAUAUGGCUAUAAUAGUAAACUAAAAAAAGAGAGAUUAGGCCAAAAAGAAAAAAACACUAAACACUAUUCAGAGCUCGUUUGAAAUUACCUACAAGUAAAAAGGUAUAUAAUUAAUUAACAUUUGACUUCAUUUUUACUAAUUUUAUUUUUUUAAAUGGAAUAGAAUAAGCAAUUAAUUAUUA